AUGGGUGAAGGAUCCACUCACACUCCCGCUCACCAUUAUGGAGACUACAAGUUCAAGACGUAUGCAGCCUUAGCCUUCCGAUACUUCCGAGAUCUCUUUGGCAUCCAACCGGAUGAUUUCCUGUUAUCAAUGUGCAAUGCACCUUUAAGAGAACUGAGCAACCCAGGUGCCAGUGGAAGCAUCUUUUACCUGACUGAGGAUGAUGAGUUCAUCAUCAAAACUGUACAGCACAAGGAGGGGGAGUUCCUCCAGAAACUUCUUCCUGGAUACUUUAUGAACUUGAAUCAAAAUCCUCGAACACUCUUGCCAAAGUUCUUUGGACUCUAUUGUUACCAAUGCAACUCAAAGAAUGUGCGUCUGGCGGUGAUGAACAACCUCCUUCCUUCUUCCAUCACCUACCACCAGAAGUACGACCUCAAAGGUUCAACCUACAAGCGUCGUGCAUCCAAGCAUGAGCGCAUCAAGGCUUCUCCCACCUUCAAAGACCUGGACUUCAUAGAACAUCACCCCGAGGGGCUCAUGCUGGAGGCUGACACCUACAAUGCACUUAUGAAAACCAUGCAGCGAGACUGUCGGGUUUUGGAGAGCUUCAAAAUCAUGGACUACAGUCUCCUGGUGGGGAUUCAUAACCUGGACCAGGCAGCCAAGGACCGAGCUUCACGUUCCAAGACUCUCAAUCAUUCCCAAGCCCCCCCUUUUGAUGGAGAGGUUGGGGGAGAUGGAGGGCCAUCAGGAGAUGCAAUGGAGCUGGUAUCUCCGCUCUCUCCACCUUAUACCUCGCUUCCUCCUGCGUUAGAGGGGGAAACACAUGAAAGACUCCCAUUGAACUUGGUGAGGUCCAAGUCCAUGAAUAGGCAGCGGUUGGUGGCCCACUCAACAGCCAUGGAGUCCAUCCAGGCAGAGUCAGAGCCCAUUGAUGAGGAUGAGAGCCUUCCGCCUGGUGGUAUUCCAGCCAGAAAUGCCAAGGGUGAGCGACUCCUUCUCUUUCUUGGUGUCAUCGACAUACUCCAAAGCUAUCGACUCAAGAAAAAGCUUGAACACACGUGGAAGGCCAUGAUUCAUGAUGGGGACUCAGUGUCUGUGCAUCGGCCCUCUUUCUACGCACAGAGAUUCCUGGACUUCAUGAGCAAAAAGGUUUUCAAGAAAAUCCCAUCCCCAUUGAAGCACUCACCAUCAAAGCGAAAGAAUAUGUCCCUACGGCAUUAUGCCCUUGCCAGCACCGACAGCGGCGAGGGUGGUCCCUCCGAUAUACCAACUAACUCAGAGAAGUGUCCAGGAAGUAACAUCCAGGCAGGAGGAGGAGGAGUGAUGUCACCUGUUGCUAAGACCUUCCCCCCCAUCCUACAGGACAGAGUUCCUCAAUCCCUGACCCAGUCCCAAUCAACCCAAAUGAAGGAUCCUACUUCUAUUCUCCCUUCCCAUACACACCAAACUGCCUCUGCCCUCAUAUCCCGAUCCAUGACCCCCAGCAGCAGUCGAGUCCCACCACCUGUCCCGCCUCGAUUCCCCAGAUCCUCGGCUCGAACUGUGAAUCGAGCAGAGACAUUGGGGCCAAGCAGCCCAAACAGACGGUUGGGACCUGAUUCAGGUUCUCCCAUCUUCAGGGGUCACACCCUUCAGCAUGUAUAUCAUGGAGAGCAAGGAGGAGGAAGAUUUGAAGGCUCCAAUGAGCCCAUCAGCAUAUCCCAAAUCCAGUUGGAAUCCAAGUGGGACUCAACAAGCACAACAAGCGGAAUCGGAAGCACUUUGCGCACAGUCACAUGGACUCCACCCCUCUCCACAGACACUCCCACCUGGACUGAGGGUACCCCCUCCUUCACUGAGUCCUCAUCUAGUGAAGGUGCUCCGACAACUCCACAUCGUCGAGGAGUUCGAUUGGAGCGGAAGAACGAAUGCGAGUUGGAAACCGAGGAAUACGGGGAAGAGGACGAGGAAAAGAGUGUGGGUCAGCGGGCGGCAUUAAUAGGCGUUUGUGUGACUGGAGGUGCAGGGAUUUUGAUUUCUAUUGUUGCCUGGCCUUUCGUUUCGCCUGCCUUUCGUCGACUCUGCCUUCCCUUCGUCCCUGCAACCAAUAGCCAAGUGCGGAACGUCCUGCUCGCUCUACAACACUAUCCUAAGAACUCUUCCGUUGUGGAUCUUGGUAGCGGAGACGGCAGACUGGUGAUUGAAGCAGCCAAGAAGGGCUACAAAGCGACAGGGAUCGAGUUGAAUCCAUGGCUAGUCCUCUAUUCACAGUUUUUGGCAUUGAAGCAUGGCAUCUCUAAGUCUCACUGCCAUUUCAAAAAGGGAGACUUGUGGAAGAGCAAUAUAGGAUUGUAUGAUGCUGUCAUCAUAUUUGGAGUGGAAGAAAUGAUGCCCCAGUUGGAGAAGAAGUUGGUUGAAGAGCUGAGAAAUGAUGGGAGCGUGAUUGCUUGCCGAUUCCCACUGCCAAAUUCAGUUCCUCUAAAAAUUGUUGGAUCUGGGAUUGAUGCAGUGUGGCUCUACUCUAAGAAGUCCUUGGGCAAAUCUCUCUCUUGAAUCUCAUUUCACUAACAAUUCUAGUCAUCUUGCUGUGAUCAGCAAAACCAAACACAGACAUGGUGCACAUCAAUGAUCUACCUGAAGAGGUGCUUCUCAAGAUCUUCUCCCACUUUUCGGUGCUGGAGCUUACCUUGCAAGUAGGUCAAGUGUGCAGCCUGUGGGAGAGACUGGUGGAGACCCCACAGCUGUACCAAGAGGUCUUCCUUGCAGGGCAGGAUGGCCUGGAUCUAAAGAUGAAGGCUGUGGCAGAUCAUAGUGUUGGCAUCAUCAAGACAUUGCACCUGAGGGAAAUGAGGAAUGUCCAUGGCUUCAUGGCAGUGUUUUCUCAGCAGAAGUGCCCAAAACUUCAAACAUUUGUAGCAUUUCGUUGCAGUGGAUUCACCAGUGCAACACUAGAGAUGUUGAUCAACUGUGCUCCUGACCUGGAGCACUUGGUCUUGUGGAAGCUGCUUUCAUGCCCUCUUGUCAUGGAUAGAAAAUUCCUUUUGGGGCGUUUACACAUGCUUGUGAGUUUGGAGCUGGCUCUGUCUCCAUUGGAUGACUUUGAUGAUGAUGCCCUGCGAAUUGUUGCUAAGAACUGCCCCAGAUUGCAGAACCUGAGGAUUGCCGAAACCGACCGACAGCCACCUUUGAUCACUGACAAGGGGCUGUGCUCUCUGUUUGCCAUUCGGGGGACUUCAUUGAGACGUCUUUGCCUCACUUGCCCGAAAAUCUCAGAUAAGUCCUUUUCUGUGAUCCCAAAUGCACAAAAUUUAGAAGUAUUGAUUGUCAUGGCUUCAAUGAAACUCAGCCAUACCAGCCUGGAUGGUAUCAAACGACUCCGUGCCCUGCAGUGCUUGUGCCUUUCUGUUCCCAAUGACUUUCGUUCGUUUCCGACUGUGUUUCUGGAUGAGAACUUUCCCGAUCUUCAAGUUCUCAGCGUGGAUUUGCGCCUUGUUUACCUUCCAGACAGCAGUGUGCAUGCCAUCGCAUCUAAUUGCCCAGGACUGAAGGCCCUAAUUCUCUCCAAUGGAAGCUUUGUAACUCAUGAGGGAAUCAGCAUUUUUCUCCGCUGCUGCCAGCAACUGGAAGAACUUAGGCUGGAUGGUUUUCCCCUGUUGAAGGCAGGCUUUCUUGCAGAACUCGGCCCAAGCCUUAGAGUGAUCUCUGUGAGGAAUUGCCCCCUGAUGGAGCCACAGUUUCGGGAGUUCAGCCGGAAGCAUCCCACUCUUGUGGGCAACCGCUUUUCGCCGUUUCACCAAAGACUUGUGCAUUCGUGGCUUGCUGGGCCAUUGAACGUCUGAGUACAUGUGAUCACCUGUGUUCUUGGGAGUUCUCUGGUGUGUGUUGGUGGGUUUGUGUUCUCUGGGAUUUUAUUAUUUUUCCAACCUUUUGUCAUCCCUAACACAUGUGCUCAAACAUUGCUGUACCUCCUCUUACAUGGGUGCUAGAAGUGUGUCAAAAUCUGAGAGUCAAGAAAUAGAUCGAUAUCAGAAUA